AUGGCGACAGCCAAAGCAGGCCCAAGGUCAAGCAAUCCAGUCCUUCUCUGGCUCAAGUCAGUCGACAACGAAGCCGAUACCGAAAAAGACACCGAAGAAGACGUAGUGGAAGGCGGCGUCAACCUCCCAGAACUGAUGCCAGAGACAUACAACACAGAAAACCGCUCGAAAUGGACUGGUGAGCCAAUGAAGCUCAUGCUCCGCGAUGGUAGCUUGAGGGUCCUGCAUCUUCCAGAAGAACAACCAACAGGCAGCACUCAGCGCGAAGGAAGUCCAAAAGCCACACCCGAGAAAGAGGAAGUCUAUCUUACGCCACAGAAACGAAAUGACUCUAUUCAUCCGACUGAGCCAGUGAAUAAGGAGAAGAGUAUUUCGGAAGAACCUCCCGUCCGCCGCUCAACCGACUGUGAUGUUAAAACAGGAGCGAAGACGGAGCCAGGUACGGAGAAGAAGAAGAGACGUCGCCGCCGUAGGAGGCAUGGGAAGGGUAGCAUUGGAGAUUUAGAGAAGCAAGAUGAGAGUGGAUUGGAGAAAAAGGAAAGACCACUUGGUGAGAUGUGGCGCUGA